AGAGUACCUAUGGUUUUAAUUGUAACAUGUCAUGUGAUGCCAGACACUGUCUUGGUAGUAAGUACUGUGACGUGGUUUAUGGAAAAUGUACAGGUGGUUGCCAAGCUGGCUGGGAGUUACCUGACUGCACAACUGUAUGUCAACGAGGUACAUUUGGACCCGGAUGUCAGUCAAACUGUAGUGAACGACAUUGUAAAGGAGACGGUUCAUCUUGUGAUGUACAGAAUGGAACAUGUCAACACGGCUGUGGUCCAGGCUGGAAGAGUCCAAGUUGUAACAUAGCAUGUGAUAGAGGAUCCUAUGGCGCUGGUUGUAAAUUCAGCUGUUUACAAAGACACUGCAAAGUGAGUACGACGAGCUGUAACAGUGCCAGUGGUUCCUGUGAAGGUUUGUGUCAGGACGGUUGGAUGGGAGUCGACUGUACAGGAUGUGAUGGGAAAUAUGGACCAGAUUGUUCAUUAUCGUGUGAUGCCAGACACUGUAAAGACAACAAGGCACCGUGUGAUCACAUGACCGGAUCUUGUGAAGGAGAAUGUCUACCUGGUUGGCGAGGUGCUACAUGUACUGACAAUUGCAAUAAUACGACCUAUGGUGAUAACUGUGCAAUGCUGUGUUCAGACAGACACUGUAGUAACACGGACUCUUGUCACCAUGCGACUGGUCUGUGUGUUGGUGGAUGUGUAUCUGGAUGGAAAGGAACAACCUGCUUGAAAGUAGAGUCUGCAGCCUCAACUGAUUUCCCAGUCGGACCUGCAGUUGGUGGCAUUGUUGCUGCAUUGGUUGUCAUAGCUGUGGUCAUCGUUGUUAUCGUAUUUGUCAGGAGACGAAAUCUGAACAAAAAAGAUCACACUGAGCACAGACCUCUUCCAGAAAAUACUGAAAACACACCAGAAGAAAAGCACGGUGCAGUUGAGGGACCUGUCUACAUCAAUGUUGAACCAUCUGCAAGAAAUUCAACUGAAAACCUUGAAGUAAAUGAGACUAACGUCAGUGACGUAGUACCAGUCGUGGAUGGAGGAGAGCCUGAAGACCAACAGACUGACGAGGAGGAGGAGGUUCAUGAUUCUAACACGUACUACAAUGCUGAUCAACCAGCUCCUCCUCCGUUCAAUCUGCCAGAAGAAGGUUUUGACGUCUCAGACCUUGAAGGUAUCAUAGAAAACAUCAGGAAUCAGCCUGGAGGAUUUGAUGCAGAAUACCUUAAACUACCAAGUGGUUUCAAGCAUCCGUACACCGAUUCACAGAUUCCAGAUAACAGGUGCAAGAACCGAUUUGCUGGUUACUAUCCAUAUAACAAUAACCGUGUCAAACUAUCUCUGCUGCCAAACAAUUCACAUUCCGACUAUAUCAACGCCAGUUACGUAGAUGCAUACGGAAAGCCAAAUUACUUCAUUGCAUCGCAAGCUCCAAAUAAAGGGACUUUACCAGAUUUCUGGAGGAUGAUCUGGGAACAGGACUGUGGACAAAUUGUCAUGUUGACAAACCUAGUGGAGGCUGGAAAGCAUAAGUGUGAACCGUACUGGAAGGAUUUGGGGUUGAUGAAUGUUGGGUAUUUUGACGUGGUAGUCAAAGACAUCACUGAAAGAGCAGAUUACACCGUAAGAAAGAUAGAAAUCACCCAGAGAAAGUCUAAGAAAUGCAAGACAUUUGACCAUUACCACUUCACGUCAUGGCCUGACCACGGAGUUCCUAAAGUGUUGGACUUACUGGAAUUCUUCUGGUUGACAAGAGAGAUACCCCCGUCCCGCCCUGGUCCUGUCCUGGUACACUGCAGUGCUGGGAUUGGUAGGACUGGAACGUACAUCGCUCUGCAUAUCCUGACAGACGAGAUGAACAAAACUGGAAGAAUGAACAUAUUGGAAAUGAUGUCCAAGAUCAGAGAUCAAAGAAAAAACAUGGUCCAGACAAAGAGUCAGUAUGAAUGUAUUUUCACCACAAUGCUUGAGGUUGCAAAAUAUGGACAAACAGAUAUGACCACAUCUGACUACACACAGAAAUAUGCUGAGUCGACAGGAUCUUUGAGAAUGGGUCAUAAAACGCUUGAUGAGCUAGCUGAGGUCAUUGCCUCCACUGACACCUCUGAUAAAGGUAUUCCAUUGGCGAACAAACUGUGGGUUGGUGGAAAGGAUGAUCUUUUUGUUAUGCAAGCUCCAUCAAAGCUGCUGAAUAUAGGCUAUCUGUUGGUUUACACUCCACAACGAACAGAGAAUCUGCUGUGGAAACUGAUCAUGGAGAACGAUUCGUUGACUCUCGUGACUCUGGGCAACAAGAAAGAUGCGAAAUUUACCCCACGUACCAGCCAUUCCAGUAGCUAUGGAAACGCAACUGUGACGUCAGUGACUGAGACGUCUAUCACGAAAGAAAUAACAUUGAGAAUUCUCAAUGUUGAAAUGAAGGGAUCAGAUGAAAAGAAAGAAAUCGCCAACUUUUCCGUGCCAUCUUGGAGUAACAUGUCUAACACUUCCACAGUGAUAAGUUGCCUGACAUCUCUGACAGAACAAAUCCUAGACAGACAGAACAAUCUGAAAUUUCACCCUGUCACGAUCGUCUUCGAUGAAUCUGACAAAAAGGAAGGUCUGUCAUUGUGUAUACUGAACAACAUCAUGUCUGCAGUUUCCCUUGACAAGCGAGUGGAGAUAUUUAACAACGUCAGAAGACUCCAGUCAGUUCUGCCAGGUGUUCAUUUAUCAGUGGAGGACUUCAACUUGUUCUGUGAUCUUCCAUUCGCUCAUCUCGAGUCCACGGGCGUGUAUGCCAACAUGUGAACUGACCAACGUCCAUGGUGUCCAGUGGUCAACUAAAAGCAAUAGUCAAUACUGACCAUAGUGGAGGAACGUUUAACACGGCACUUUGCUUGACACUAGUAAAUGUAAUUUGGGGGUCAUUAAAAUUGAAAAUCCUUGAACACAGAGACACUUUUGAUGGGCCUGAUAUAUUGUUACAAUACUCAUCCAUUUUUUAUUAGGUGUUGGAAGAUGCAAUUAACUAGAGAGGACAUCCACUUUGUGUUCGAAAUAGAACGUAAAAUAUGGCCUGGUAUUAUUAUUUUUUAAAACAGCAGGCCAAAAGACAUAUUUCCUACCAAAACAAAUAUAUGGCCUGCUGGAAAUAAGACAGCAUGUGACAUGGGGACGCUUUUGAAAAAUUAUGAAAAAUAUUGAAACAUGAGGAAAUUUCAGCUGUACUUUAUAACACGUAUGUGUGUACGUAUGUCUUGAAAUUGUUAACUCAAAUGAUAAUAGUACUCAUUAUAAGAUGUUUGGUAAGACAAGUUGGGGUGUAAAAUACGAAAAAUAUUCUCCAAGUAUAAUAUAUCUGUUAGGCCUAAACAAUGUGGGGUGGGGUGUUUUUACAUUCAUUCCUACGGGUCCAGAUAAAAUGGUGUGUGUAUACAUUGAAAAAAAGAACCACAACAUUUUUAAGCCUUAAGUAUCAAUAUGUUCAAUGAUCUUUAUGUAUAUACAGUCAUAUAAUAAUCUUAUACACUCGUUUAAGGGAUAGAGAAUAAUACAUGAGUGGCCAUUACAACGAGUUGUUUUAAAAUGUAUCAAACGAGCGAAAGUGAGUUUGUAAAGUUUUUAAAUCACGAGUUGUGAGAUAAAUGGUAUCUAACGGAUACGAAUGUAUCAUUAUAUUUCUUACAUAGCCUCAAAAACCACGUUUUAAGCAUAUUUUUACAUAUUUUUCGACUAAAAGUUAUUUACAGCCGUUGCACUUGAAGCAAACAUACGUGUUACAGACACAUGCUUGUCAGGUUAACUAUACGUCACAGUGUAAUCGAUUUUCACCGUGUUGUUGUUCAUUGGCUGCAUGGCACUGGUGACUUCGUCAUCACCUAGGAGUAGCCAGUCGUAUGUCUUGAAAUUGUUAACACAGGUACGUGUGUUACCAACCCAUGUAUUAUCAAAAAUAAUGCAUGGUGUUCUCACCAACGGGUGUGUAAGAAAUGGAGAUAAUCCAUUGUACAUUAAUAUUGUUUCCAACAUUUGGAGACAACUUUUGAGACUUGUGACUGGUUGCUCCAUGUUGUUUGCCAUGGCCCGUUUAUUAUUAAGUUAUAUUAAACUUGGUUUUCAAAGAUAUGUAAGAAAUACACUACUACAUUCGUAUCCGUUAGAUACCAUUUGUCUUGCAACUCGAUAUUUAAAAACGUAUACAACUCAUUUGUGUUGUAAACAACCCGUUGUAAGAUGAAUGGUAUCCAAUGGUAGGAAACUGAUGUAAUACCUGCAGGUGUUUCUUUUAUUUCUAACUCUUGUCAUUACCAAUGAUUGAAACAGAGAUCAGCUUUCAAAACAGACUGCUUAGGAAACAACGUUAAUGGCUGCACAACCUAACACCCAAAUAUGCCGAAAAUGUGCACCUGCAAUGCGCAGUAUCCCCGUACACGUGGGUAGGGAGUCAUCCAACGGUCACUCGUGUUGUAUCUUCUGUAUCAACUUUUGGCAAUAAGAGUUGUGAUAGUGGUUGCACCAAUACGUUGUUGUAUAAGUUAUCUCUAAGUGUAAAAUAUCCUUAUAAAUGUAUGUUAAUGUAUAUAUUAGCAAAUAACAGGUUAUACUAUACUUAAGUAGUGUUAGCAGUGAUUUGUAAACGCGAAAGAAGGUAUGUUUUAUAUUAGAUACAGAACUUCUAUUGUGCACUAUGCAGUUUCGUGUCUGUGUUGUGCACAAUGAAUGCGUGCAAUAUAAAGGAAUAAAAAAAAACAUACUGUGAAAUCUUUUAUUUUCAUAGCCUUAAAUUUGCAUGGUGUUACUAAAAUACACAUUUCGUUGUGUAUAUAAAUUCGUGGAUCAAAAAGGUACUAUCGUAACUUGUACACAUGUACUAUAUUUUCGCUGUGAUCUUAAUUUCGUUGACUGCACUAGUCCACGAAUAAACAUGAUUCCACAGUAUGUAAAGUUCUGUAUCAUAUGUACUAGUCAGAGUAAUAUGACCGAUUUUCAGUGACACAAAUGAGUAUAAUAUUACAUAUCAAACACUAACAUCUCGUGUGCGAAAAAUAUUUCUAACGCGAAGAGACGUGCUAGAUUGGUGACAUUUUUGUAAAAUAUCUAAAAUACCACAGCCUGAGCCCCCUUGUUUAUGAAAGCGAUAGAAAGGUUUUUGGUGCCUGCAAAAGCAUGCUGUAAGUGGCAGUCCUUAUACAGAUGAAGUUGGAAUCUUAUAUCUUGGUCGCCAUAGAGAAAGAUUUUUAAAAGUGGGGGGGGGGGGGGGGGUAACAAUACAACCAAAGCACAUUGAUGUAUUUUUUUUCAGGUUCUUGGAUGUCAAACAAUGAAAUUUUAGAUAACACCAGACCCUUGAGUAUGUCUAGGGCCCCCUGUUUCCCCCUGCUGGAUCCAUCCCUGGUAGUAGAGAGGAAAAGACAAAUACAAAAUACAGAUUACACAUAGGUAACUCCUACCACAAAUCAGUAAUGAAGUUUUAUAUGCAUUCUCAAAUACAAAGGACAGUACAUACCAUGGCUCUUGGUGUACCAAUCGUGGAACACGGGUUGGGAGGAACAGACUAUGAAAACUGUCCCUACCGAUGUAGUAAAAUAUUUUCCUAACGAUCCUUACUUACAAAACCGUUACACUUACUAUCAAUAUUGAGUUUUUCGCUAAUACUUCCUUUACACAUUUACUCUAUAUUGUGACAUGUAUUUAGAAAUUGUGCCAUAUGUUAUUGCUCUACACAUACCCAGAGCCGGUUUAUCCUAGUAGCACAUGUAUCACGUGCUACAGACUCCACGCCUCGGGAGGCCCCGCAGUAAUGUAUACAUUUAUUUUCCCCAGGGGCUUGCAAAAUAUAUAUCCUGUAAAGGAGGUCCGCUGUUAUUUGAGCUACUGGCCCCGCGGAUCCUUAAACCAGCUCUGCGCAUACAUGAUAUAUACCUUAUUAAAGUGACAUUAUCUGGUUACGUGUUGAGGUGCUAAACGGUUAUAAAUACUGUAGUUUCAUUUUUGUUUUGUUUCUAUUUAAAACAAAUUGUAUGUUUUAAUCAAAAUAUUUCAAUAUGAGGUCUACUUUAUCAGUCAAAUAUGUAAGAUGUAUUAGUUAUGUUUCUACUUAUUUAAACUAACAAUGUAAAAUAUGUAAUUGAAAAUCUAGUCUGUAGUAAACAAAUCUGGUCAGAUUUAAGAAAAGUAUACAAAUAUUUCCUUAGUUGAAUUAGUUACUUGUCGUAAGUAGAGUUCGACUUAGGUCUGUGUUAGGAUCAGUGUAAAAUGCUUUAAGAGACGAAAAAUUAGACUAAAAAUAUGAAUUAUGUGCUGUAUUUUAUGCGACUAUGGUAAUGCUACGUUAUCAGGUUAUGCUUAUUUUUUUUACAUUUAGAAUUAUAUUUACACUGUUUUAUUUACAGCAGAAUAAAAUAAAAAUGAAAAAAUAAAA